AUGGCAACGGUACAGCCGUUUGGUGGAUCCGAUGGAGUCAAGUCCCAUACAAAGACGGUCGAGACCUUUCACGAAGAUGCUGUGCACGACGCGCAGUUAGACUUUUACGGCAGUCAGCUUGCCACUUGCUCCUCUGACCGCACGGUUAAGGUGUUUGAAGUGCAGGGAGGUACAGCUACUGGACCGGGUGAAACGCUUGUUGGCCACGAGGGGCCCGUGUGGCAGGUUGCGUGGGCACACCCCUCGUUUGGCACCAUCCUUGCCAGCGCCGCCUACGACGGCAAAGUGUUCAUUUGGAAGCACGAGUCGAGCGGUGUUCAACAGACAUAUGGCGCGCCUCCAAGCAACUGGGUGCGAAUUAAGGAUCACGCUUUGCACACCGCCUCUGUGAAUGCGAUUGCGUGGGCCCCGCACGAGCUUGGCGCUACGCUCGCCUGCGCAUCUUCGGACGGCAAAGUGUCCGUGUUGACCUUUAACAUGGAUGGCUCGUGGUCCGGUGAUAUUGUUACUGCACACCCAGCGGGCUGCAAUGCCGUCUCGUGGGCGCCCGCCGUUGUGGCCACGGAGGAUGCGGCUGAAACCGCACCUCUUGUCCGUCGCUUUGCGAGUGCAGGAUGCGAUGCCGUGGUGAAGAUUUGGGAGUUUAGCGAUGAGCAGAACCGAUACAUGGAAGUGGACCAGCUCUUGGGUCACACGGACUGGGUCCGCGAUGUGGCUUUCGCGCCUAACCUCGGGCUUGCGCGCUUGUACUUGGCGACUGCAUCGCAGGAUCGUACGGUCUUCAUCUGGUCGCAGGAUGGCCAAGGCGCACCAUGGACCAAGACGGCGCUGCAGCCCAAGUCAAACCCCGCGGACCCCAGCAAAUUCCCCGACACGGUUUGGCGCGUAAGCUGGAGUGUGAGUGGAAAUGUCUUGGCCGUUAGCUGCGGAGACGGCAAGAUUUCUCUCUGGAAAGAGAAUUUGAAAGGUGCAUGGGAAUGCAUUAGUGAUUUAGACGCUUGA